AUGAAUGAUCAAUUUCUCAUUGCUGACUACGGUCUAAACGACGAGAUGGGUAAACUUCUGAUUGCUGGCUAUGAUUUAUAUGAUGAGAGAGGUAAACUUCUGAUUGCUGGCUACGAUUUAAAUGACGAGAUGGGUAAACUUCUGAUUGCUGGCUAUGAUUUAUAUGAUGAGAGAGAUACCAAACGACGCAUUACUCCAUUUGCAGUAUAUGAACUAUUCUCAGUACCUUUUUACUAUUAUGGAAAACGCGUUCGUUUAGCAAAUUUACCAAAAGCUAUUGGUAUUGAUUACACUAACUUUCAGCUUAUUAAAUGGAGUGAAACUGAUUUUCAAAUCUGCAAUUUCAACGAUAUGUCUGUUUGCCGAGAAACACCACCAAUUAUUACAAAAUGGAGUGAUACUUGCUUAUUUCAAAUACUCAACGAUUCCACUCUAUCCUCCUGCCGUACCGAACCUUACAACGAUGAUAUAUUCUAUCGCCAGAUAGGAUCACAAUGGAUUAUAUCCACAACACGAAUGCAAAGAUGUAAUCUUGCCACAGCCCCUACGGUUAACACACCGCAUCUCAUUCAGAACACGGGUCGAACAUUAUCUACAGUUACAUUAAUUACUAUUCCACCUAAAACAACACUCUUAUGUGAUCAAUUCAACAUACCCGCUUCACCUGACGUUUCAACUCAACCCGUUUCUUUAUGGGACUUUUCUUUAACUAACUUUACUUACGGUGAACAAUUUGACAUGUCAGAUUACUUACGUAAUCAUACUCGAUGGCCAAAAGUACCAUUUAUAUCAAACGAACUACAAGAAGUUAUUAAAUUUAUUUCUCAACAACCGCUGCCUUCUAUCACCCCUGCUCAGUCAAUGCCCUCACUACGAGACCUACAUCGACACCCAAUUGGUAUUCUCAAUAUAGCUACUCUCAGUAUUAUCAUAUCACUAUUUAUCAUCUUAGCAUUAUGUUUUUUUCUUCGACGUCCUCGUUUGCCAUCCGUUUAUUUCCGAAUCCCGACUUCAACAAACCUCCCAACAAUGACAUAA